CACACAUACACAACAUUUCCUUGGCUCAGUGUGCGCUGGAGAUCAAACUGUCAGAAACACACACUUCCUCACCUCUCUAUAAAGCUCUGAGAUGGCCAGUAGAGCUUUGGUUCUUGUUCUUCUUUUCCUGGAGCAAUCCGUUCCUUCAGAGUCUGCAAAGAUCCUGACUGUGUGCUUAAUAGGAGGAAGUCAUUACAUGCUGCUGGAUGAGAUCUCACAUACUUUCCACGAGAGGGGACACAAGGUGCGAAUGCUACUACAGAUGGGAAUCCCCAUUAUUGAAGGAUUAAACUAUGCGGGUCGACCAAACAGUUACCAAAUUACGAAAUGGUCUGUCAGUGAGGAAUAUAUCAAGGAAUACAACACGUGGUUUUUCGAAAAACAGAAAGAAUUUCUGCAGGGCAGGGAUUCACUAAGUGGAUAUAUACGUUUCAUGGGACAACUUGCCCAUCAGUGUGAUUAUUUGCUUGGGGAUUCACAGUUAAAGGAGUCUUUGAAACAAGAGAAGUUUGACAUCGCUCUACUGGAUGCUUUUAACCCAUGCUCCUUCCUGGUGGCAGAGUGGUUAGGCUUACCAUAUGUGGCAUUUUUCCCUGGGAAUUUACUAAAUGCGCACCAAAUUGCUCUCCCUAGCCCCCUGUCCUACGUCCCUGUCUACCGUUCACAGCUGUCUGAUCACAUGGACUUCUGGGGUCGUACGAAGAACGUCCUAAUGUUCUUGUGUUCCAGCAUUGCAGAGACACACAUACAGGCUCCGUUCCACAGUGUCAUCCAGAAGCACUUCAGGUCAGACAUGCAGCCAUCUCUCUCAGACCUUUACAGGAAGGCUGAGCUGUGGGCUUUCAACACAGACUUCUCAUUGGAGUUUCCUCAGCCUCUCAUGCCAAACACUCUUUUAGUCGGAGGGUUAUUGUCAAAGCCACCUGAACCAGUAACCCAGGAUCUUGAAGAGUUUAUCUCCAAGUUUGGCGAGGCUGGGUUUGUGGUAGUGACUCUGGGCUCCAUGCUGUCUUCUGUCCCACUAUCAGAACUUCUUCAGGAGAUGAACGCUGGAUUCGCUCUGAUCCCACAGGCAGUCAUCUGGAGGUAUCACCGCUCUCAAUGGCCAGAGGAUCUCCAGCCUGCUGCCAAUGUGAAACUUGUAGAGUGGCUGCCUCAGAACGACCUGCUAGGACACCCAAGUGCUCGUCUGCUGGUGACCCACGGUGGACAGAACAGCCUGAUGCAGGCAGUGUACCAUGCAGUACCAGUGCUUGGGAUCCCUCUGUUUGGAGACCAGUUUGAUAACAUGGUGAGGGCUGAAGUGAAGGGUCUUGGAUUGGCACUGGAACCAACUGAACUGCGAAGGGAAGACUUCGCCCGUAUCAUGAGGAGGCUCAUCACAGACAAAAGGUACAAGACUUCAGCCUUAGCACUGAGUGAGAUCCACCACUCCCACCCCCUCCCCCCAGGCCAGCGUCUGGAAAUGUGGGUGGAACACAUCCUCCAGUCUGGAGGAGGAGCUCACCUACGCACCUACAGUCUGCAGCAGCCCUUGUAUCAGCAGUAUCUCAUAGAUGUUAUCCUGGGACUUGUUGCCUCACUGCUCUUGCUGUUGUAUACAUUGAUCAAAAUAGGAAAAACUGUGAACAGGCUGAUACGUAACACAGGAAAACUUAAAUCCAGUUGAUUGUUAUGUUUGACCAAAAAAAAAAAAAAUUAUUAUUCACCUUUUUGAGUAACAUAUUUAUUUUUGUUGUUUAUUGAAUCAUCAUGAAACCUAUUGAUUGUGCAUGGCUUUGCUACUUAAUACAAUGAUGUUCAAUUUAUUCUUUGCUACCAAAUGCAGCUGAGCAGAGAUAUCCAAAUUAAGGAAAAUCACAGCAAAUGAAACAUACUGUUGACUUUAGUUACCAGCAUCUCUGACCCACUUAACCACACUAUGUCAGUGGAUCAACAGGUCAGAAAUGAUUAAUACAUUUAAAAUGCAAAACCUGUUGUGUUAACAGGUUUCAUGGUGUUCCAGUGAAAAACCCCAGACAAAUAAGUACUCUAUAAGGUGAGUGAUUUAUUAUGGCUUUUUAAGAUUUGAGUAUUGUACAGCACUGUGGAAUCACAUUGUACUGCAUCAAUUCUCACAGAAAAAUAACACACACAGUCAACGGUUAAGAACAAAAAAGUAGUUACAGAAUGAUCUGUUAAAAAAAUGGAACUAAGGCAGAACAUUUAUUUUAUUCAGAAACCAGUUUAGGUAUAGUAGACUGUAAUUGUCAUUCUGACAGAUAAUCUUUGUUAUAUGAUGUUAACACAAUAUUAUUUUUAUACUAACAAUGCAUAACAUUUUAGGAUUGGACAUUUUUUUAUGUGAAUAUCAUUGACAUACAAUUCCACAGCGGCCAGAAACAGAAAAUUAAAUACAGAUGUUGUGAAAUGCU